UUGCUGUCGUCAUGGAACCCAGCCAACCAAUGGCUAGCGGGCUAGUGGGCGGGACCUUCACUGGCUUCUCUCUGAUUGGUCCAAUCUCCUGGCUGCUUUUCCUGAUCUAUGAAGCCUCUGUUAGUGCCUUACCAGCUCUGCUCUCAUCACAUUAUGGCAACACUUUCACAGACAAAGGAAGUCUUCCGGAGAGCAGAAGCUGUCUGUUUCGACGUGGACAGCACAGUCAUCAAAGAAGAAGGCAUAGAUGAACUUGCCAAGUUUUGUGGUGUGGGGGAUGCAGUCACUGAGAUGACUCGCAAAGCGAUGGGCGGCUCAAUGACAUUUAAAACAGCCCUGACCGACCGUCUCUCCAUCAUCCGAUGUUCCAGAGAACAAGUGAACAAACUGAUAACAGACCACCCACCUCAGCUGACUCCAGGUAUCAGGGAGCUUGUGGACCGUCUACACCAGUGCAACAUAAAGGUGUUCCUCAUCUCAGGCGGUUUCCGCUGCAUCGUUGAACAUGUGGCCACUCAGCUAAACAUUCCUCUGCAUCACGUUUACGCCAACCGGCUCAAAUUCUACUUCAACGGAGAGUAUGCUGGUUUUGACGAGAGCCAACCCACCGCUGAGAGUGGCGGAAAAGGAAAAGUCAUCAGUAUGUUGAAGGAACAAUACGGCUUCAAGACUGUGGUGAUGAUUGGAGAUGGAGCCACUGAUCUCGAGGCAUGCCCUCCUGCUAAUGCUUUCAUCGGAUUUGGUGGGAACGUCAUCAGGCAGCAAGUUAAGGAGAGGUCUUUGUGGUACGUGACAAGUUUCGGGGAGCUGCUAAAGGAACUGGAAAAGAUCUAAAGAAGCUAAAAGAGUACUGUUACUAGUUUUAACAUUUUAUAUUUGCCUCUGACGGUUUGAUCCCCUGCACAUUGUUCCUUGUACUCUCAAUAGAUUUUUAUAAUGAAUGGAAAUGUUUACACUAGUGAGACCAAUUUUACCUUCAUGGGGAUGUCACCCUAUUGAUUUUUAUACUAGAAGAUACUAAAGAAUAACACUGUUUAUGUGGAGGAAGACUUUAGUGUUUUUGCACUUUUUGCAUCAAAACCUUUAGGUAAGCUAAUACUAACUCGUGCAUAUUAUGACAUAUGCAAUGAGCCAUAGAAAUGUUUUAUGUUUGUAUGGGUAGUAACCAGACAUGUCUCUGUCCUGUAAAGAACAUCAGCAUUAAACAUAAGAACGUGCUGUCAAAGA